AUGAAGAUAUUUGGCACUUUUCUAAUAACUAAAUGUAGCAAAAAAUAUACAAAAUUAAAAAAAAAUAAUUAUAAUUUAAAGCAAAUAUUCAAAUUUAAUACCAUAAAAAAAACAUUUUUUUCCAUAUAUUUAAAAAAUACUCAAAGAGAAAACUUAGAAAUAACUAAUCAGACAAUAAAAUACCAGAAUAAAGACAAAAUAAAGAAAAGAUUUAAUGAACUUGGGAUACAACAUAUUAGUUCAUCUUUACAUUCACAACUUUUUCCUCAUGAAACAGAACAACCUGAUAAUGAAUUAAUCGAACUUUCUCGUAAGCAUUUAACUGAACAUAAUUUAUUAGGGAAAAAUACAAAACCUACUGAAGAUAUUGAAUUUGAUCUUCCACCUUUACAAGGAAAAAAUUUAGAUGAACAUUUCUAUAGAAUAGCAAUGGAGAUUUCAGAGCCUUAUUUAAGUUACUCGAAAGAAUUCGCUUCAAUAACUUUACCAGCUAAACCAAAUUCUUGGAUAAUAAGAUCAGGUUGGACACAAUAUAACCUUGACGGAACUACAAAACCUGUAGAAUAUCCUAGUGAAAAAUCUAUGGUAUUUGAUGUGGAAGUACUAUAUAAAGACAAUCCCUUUGCUGUUAUUGCAUGUGCAGCAGCAGAGAAUGCUUGGUAUGCAUGGUUGUCUCCAUGGCUUAUUGAAGAAACAAAAUCACCUAGACAACUUAUUCCUAUAGGAAAUAUUGGGAAACGAAUAAUUAUUGGACAUAAUAUUGGAUAUGAUAGGACUCGAACAAAAGAAGAAUACAGUAUAAAAAAAAAAGAAAAUGCAUUCAUAGAUACCAUGUCUUUACAUAUUGCAGUAAACGGAAUGUGCUCCAGACAAAGAUCUGUCUGGAUGAAACAUAAAAAAUACAAAGAACUAAAAGAAAAAUUUCAGAAAGAAUCAUUAACACCAACACUUAUUGAGUUAUUAGAGCAAUUAGAAGAAAGUGAUACACAAGAAUUAUGGAUGUCUAAAAGUUCAGAUAAUAGCCUUCAAGAAGUAGCAAAACUUCAUUGCAAUAUUAAACCAAAUAAACAUAUUAGAAAUUUAUUCGAAAAACUUGAUAAAAAAAGUGUUCGAAAUCAACUCAAUAUGUUGAUGAAUUAUUGUGCUAACGAUGUGGACAUUACUCAUAAAGUUUAUAAAAACGUUUUUCCAUCAUUUUUAGAAGUUUGCCCUCAUCCUGCAAGUUUUGGAGCGCUUCUAAAAAUAUCUUCGUCAUUUCUUCCAGUCAAUAAAUCCUGGAAAUCAUAUACAGCUAAAUCUGAGGAAAUAUUCCAGAAUUUUUCUAAAUCUAUUCAUGAAAGACUUGUAAAACUAAUAAAUAAUUCACUAAAUCAAAAAAACAAGGAUACAAUAAAAAACGAUCCAUGGUUAAAACAAUUAGAUUGGUCUAUUAAACCUAUACGAAUGGUAAUAGAUAAAAAAACAGGCGAAAAAAGACCGGCAAAAAAACAAAAAAAGCCAGGAUUUCCAAACUGGUAUAAAAAUCUAUUUCCAUCAAAUGACAAAGCAAUAAAUAUUACAGUCCGAUCCAGAAUUGCACCAUUGCUAUUACGACUAAAUUGGGAAGGACAUCCGUUAUUUUGGUCUAACAAUUAUGGAUGGACUUUUCGAGUUGAAGAUAAAGAGACUAUAAAAAAUUUUGUCUCGAAAAACUUUGUUUUAUGUGAUAUGAAAAAAGAAUCAAUUGAUAUUUUAAGAGAUGAUGUAGAUGCUGUUUAUUUCAAAAUCCCAAACAAGAAUGGCCCGUUUUCUCGCUGUGGCUCCCCUUUAUCUAAAAGCUAUAUAAAGGCUUUUGAAGAUGGCUUAUUAAGUUCAGAAAUUUCGUAUGCUAGAGAAGCUUUGGAUAUGAAUGCAGCAUGUUCUUAUUGGAUUAGUUCUCGAGAAAGAAUUAUGUCCCAAAUAGUAGUCUGGGAUAAUGAAAUAGAUAUUGGACUUAAUAGUCAAAACGGUUUAGGAAUAAUUCUUCCUCAAAUAAUUCCUAUGGGAACUAUUACUAGACGUGCAGUAGAAAAUACUUGGUUAACAGCUAGCAAUAUAAAAGAAAACAGGGUUGGUUCUGAGUUAAAAGCGAUGAUAAGAGCUCCAUAUGGAUUCAAAUUUGUUGGUGCAGAUGUCGAUUCAGAAGAAUUAUGGAUUGCUAGUCUUUUUGGUGAUUCUCAAUUCAGAAUGCAUGGAGCUACAGCAAUUGGAUGGAUGACUCUGGAAGGAACGAAAUCAGCAGAAACAGAUAUGCAUUCCAUUACAGCAAAAAUACUCGGAAUAUCACGAGAUGAUGCUAAAGUUUUCAAUUAUAGUCGAAUAUACGGUGCAGGCAUUCGUUUUGCAAUUCAAUUAUUGCAAAGAUUUAAUCCGAAAUUAAGCGAAAAGCAAGCUAAAGAAAUAGCAGAAAAGCUCUACAAUUCUACAAAAGGAAAAAAAUCGAAAAUCAAAUAUAUUUUUUCUAAAGAAAACGAAAAAAAAAAAUCAUCUACUUUAAAACAAUAUGUUCGGAAACAGUUUUGGCAUGGGGGUACAGAAAGCUAUGUUUUCAAUAUGUUAGAAGAAAUUGCAAAUCAAGAAGUUCCUCAAACACCGGUAUUAGGUUGUUCUAUAACAAAAGCAUUAUUACUUAAAAAUAUUACUCCAGGAAGAUUUAUGACGUCAAGAAUAAAUUGGGCAAUUCAAUCUUCUGGAGUAGAUUACCUUCAUUUAUUAAUCAUUUCGAUGGAAUAUUUAAUAGAAAGAUAUAAAAUUAAUGCAAGACUGGUUUUAACAGUACAUGAUGAAAUUCGUUAUUUAGUGCAUGAAGAAGAUAAAUAUAUUUUAGCUCUUGCUUUACAAAUUAGUAAUCUUUGGACAAGAGCCAUAUUUAGUCAAAAACUUGGAAUUAAUGAUGUUCCACAGUCAUGUGCAUUUUUUUCUAGUAUAGAUAUAGAUCAUGUAUUAAGAAAAGAAACAAAUAUGGAUUGUAUAACACCUUCAAAUCCUGAAAAAAUCCCGCAUGGCGAAUCAUUGAACAUUUAUCAACUUCUAAAGAAAUUAUCUAUUCUUCAAAAACAUUUUCUAAAAAGGGGAACUCCUUCUUCAACUAUUUCAUCUUGGAACUAUAUAGAAAAGAAAACAUUAUCUAGCAUUAAUCAAAAAAACAUAUUAUGGCUUAAAGCUCAGGCCAUUAAAGAUUCGAAGGAAUUUGAAAAAUUAGCACCCAAUUAA